GAGGCCGCCUGCCGCAAGGAGGAAGAGGAGCGGCGGGCGCGCGAGCGCCAGGAGGAAGAGGAGGCCAAGUGCCUGGAGAAGUUCGAGGGCGCCGAGCCGCUCGAGCCCGCCGAGCUGCUCGCCUUCACCGACUCCAUGCUGCCCGGCUGCUCGCAGCUGCUCGACGAGCUGCCCGACACCGUGUACCGCGUGUGCGACCUCAUCAUGACGGCCGUCAAGCGCAACGGGGCCGCCUACCGCGACUCCAUCCUCAAGCAGGUGGUCAAGCAGGUGUGGGAGGCGGCCGACGUGCUCAUCAAGGCGGCGCUGCCGCUCACCACGAGCGACACCAAGACGGUGUCCGAGUGGAUCAGCCAAAUGGCCACGCUGCCGCAGGCCUCCAACCUGGCCACGCGCAUCCUGCUGCUCACGCUGCUCUUCGAGGAGCUGAAGCUGCCGUGCGCCCGCGUCGUGGAGUCCAGCUGCGUCCUCGACGUGCUCAUCAAGCUGCUCGAGGUGGUGCAGCCCUGCCUGCAGGCCGCCAAGGAGCACAAGGAGGUGCAGACGCCCAAGUGGAUCACGCCCGUGUUGCUGCUCAUCGACUUCUACGAGAAAACGGCCGUGUCGUCCAAGCGCCGGGCGCAGAUGAACAAGUACCUACAGGCGAACGGCAACAACUGGCGCUGGUUCGACGACCGCUCGGGCCGCUGGUGCAGCUACAGCGCGAGCAACAACAGCACCAUCGACGCGGCGUGGCGCGCCGGCGAGAGCAGCGUGCGCUUCACGGCCGGCCGCCGCCGCUACACCGUGCAGUUCACCACCAUGGUGCAGGUCAACGAGGAGACCGGCAACCGGCGACCCGUGAUGCUGACGCUGCUGCGGGUGCCGCGGGCCGCCAAGGGCGCCAAGGAGGCCGCAGCGGAGGCCGAGCGGGCGCCGGACGAAGGCCGCGAGCCCGAAGGCCGCGCCAAGGAGGAGAGCGGCGCCGCGGCCUCCACCGAGGAGGAGGAGGAGGAAGAGGCGCCGGUGCGCGGCCUCGCCGAGGAGGCCGUGCCGGCGGUGCUGCGCGCCUGCGUGAGCAUGCUGGCCGUGCCCGUGGACCCCGACACGCUGCACGCCACGCUGCGCCUCUGCCUGCGCCUCACGCGCCACCACCAGCACGCGCUGCUCUUCGCCGAGCUGCGCAGCACGCGCACCAUCCUGGGCCUCACGCAGAGCUCGGGCUUCACGGGCUUCACGCCCCUCGUCACGCUCCUCUUCCGGCACAUCAUCGAGGACCCCUGCACGCUGCGGCACACCAUGGAGAAGGUGGUGCGCUCGGCGGCGACGAGCGGCGCGGGCAGCACCACGUCCGGCGUGGUGUCGGGCAGCCUGGGCUCGCGCGAGAUCAACUACAUCCUGCGCGUGCUGGGCCCCGCCGCGUGCCGCAGCCCCCAGCUCUUCGCCGAGGUGGCGGCCGCCUGCGUGCGCAUCGCGCUGCCCGCGCCCCGCGGCUCCGGCACCGCGUCGGACGACGAGUUCGAGAACCUGCGCAUCAAGGGCCCCAACGCGGUGCAGCUGGUGAAGACGACGCCGGUGAAGGCGGCGCCGCUGCCCGUCAUCCCCGAGCCCAUCAAGGACGUCAUCUACGACAUGCUCAACGCGCUCGCCGCCUACCACGCGCCCGACGACGGGGACAAGGCGGAGGCGAAGGCGGCGGCGCCCGGCGAGGUGAGCCAGCUGCUCUCCGACAUCGGCGACGACAUGUACCAGCACCCCGAGGAGGGCCGCGAGGGCCGCAAGGACAAGGAGGGCGAGCGGGCGGCCGAGGAGCGGCAGCGGGCCAAGGCCUCCAAGCCGCUCAUGCCCACCUCCACCAUCCUGCGCCUGCUGGCCGAGCUCGUGCGCUCCUACGUGGGCAUCGCCGCCCUCAUCGCCAACUACAGCUACAGCGUGGGCCAGUCGGAGCUCAUCAAGGAGGACUGCAGCGUGCUGGCCUUCGUGCUGGACCACCUGCUGCCGCACACGCAGAACGCCGAGGACAAGGACACGCCGGCGCUGGCGCGGCUCUUCCUGGCCAGCCUGGCGGCGGCGGGCAGCGGCACGGACGCCCAGGUCGCCCUGGUCAACGAGGUGAAGGCGGCGCUGGGCCGGGCCCUGGCCAUGGCCGAGAGCACCGAGAAGCACGCGAGCCCCAACAUGGCCAACACGGUGAACGCGGCGCUGAAGCCGCUCGAGACGCUCUCGCGCAUCGUCAACCAGCCCAGCGGCCUCUUCGGCACCAAGGGCUCGGCCGGCAAGAGCAAGGGCGAGGGCGCCGGGGGCCCCCGCGAGGCCGGCGCCGCCCCCCCCGACGGAGGGGACCCCGGCGACCCGGAGCCUCCCGAGGAGGACGCGGAGGCGGCGCAGGCGGAGGCGGCCGACAUGGACGGCGAGGCGGAGGCCGACGCGGUGGUGCUGGCCGGGCAGCCGGAGGGCCUCAGCACCCAGGAGAUGCAGGUGGAGAACGAGCUGGAAGAUCUCAUUGACGAGCUGCUGGAGCGCGACGGGGCCACCGGGAACAGCGCCAUCAUCGUGAGCCGCUCGGGCGAGGACGAGUCGCAGGAGGACGUGCUCAUGGACGAGGCGCCCUCCAACCUGAGCCAGGCGUCCACGCUGCAGGCCAACCGCGAAGGAUGA